AUGCACAAUGUUGUUACACUAAAUAUUGGCUUGUCCGAUCAUCUCCCAGUAUUCGCUCUCAGGCGCUUUAAGAAAACCGGAGAGCAAGGUGCCGCAGGCACUAAAAUACAUGAACACACAUCACUCAAAUACCGAAAUCAAAAGUCCCUCAAUAAUGAAUUGUUUGCUAAAGAUCUUUCAGAAGCCUCGUGGGAUUCAGCAUUCGUGUUUGAAGAUACUGAUAACAUUGUUGAUUCGUGGUAUUCCAUUUUUACUAAUAUCCUUAACAAACACGCUCCAAUAAUAUCGAAACGAGUUAAACAAAAGAUCCAACCAAAAUGGUUUACAAAUGAUAUAACAAAUGAAAUUCAAAUCAGAGACAGACUUCUAAAACAAGCACGUGCUUCCAACAACGCAAAUGACUGGUCAAUUUUCAAACUGGCCAAAAAUAAAGUAACUCAGUUAAUCCGUAAUAAAAAGAAAAAUUAUUUUAAAUCGAAAGUAAAUGAACAUCGAGAAAACCCAAAUAAACUAUGGUCAUUGAUUAAAGAUCUAUCAAGAGUAUCAUUGGGAGAAAACAACGGUAUUCGUCAAUUAAACGAAAACGGAGAACUUGUAACGGAAAGCAGAAGCAUUGCCGAAAUCUUUAACUCUUUCUUUGUUAGUCAACCACAACGUCUCUUAUCAUCUAUAAAGUCUACUUUUUGUAACGAAUCUCUGCUAAACUCUCUAAAGAUAAAGAUAAAGUUUGAAAUUCCACAUAUUUCUCCAGAAAAGGUACUUCAAAUGCUAAAUUCUAUGCCAGCAAAUAAAGCAACAGGUGCUGAUGGAUUGAGUCCUAAAUUACUGAAAAUUGCUGCUCCAUCCAUAUCAAGCUCAGUCGCACGUCUCAUAAACCAUUGCAUACCCACCAACACCUUCCCAUCCAGAUGGAAAGUAGCCAAAGUCACCCCAAUUUUUAAGAAUCAAGGAAGUGUAGAACACAAACAAAAUUACAGAUCAAUAUCUGUUCUUCCGAUCCUCUCAAAAUUAUACAAAAGACAUCUCUACGAAGCACUAUAUUCACACUUAUCCAAUAACAAUUUCCUAUACGGCCUGCAAUCUGGCUUUCGCAAACGCCACUCGACUGAAACUGCUCUAAUUCGCUUACUAGACCAAAUCCUUCUUGACCUUGAUAAAAACCACGUUACUGGCGUUGUUUUCGUAGACUACAGCAAGGCGUUUGGCCUGAUUGACCACCAGCUUUUAUUGCAAAAGCUAAGCGCUUAUGGAGUGGAUGAUACCUAUCUCAAGAUUUUCCAAAAUUACCUCUCAGACAGGACACAGUUUGUAGAAAUUAACGGCUUCAAAUCAUGUCCAUUAUGUAUAACUCAUGGUGUCCCUCAAGGUAGCAUUCUUGGCCCUCUUCUCUUUCUUGCUUUCAUAAAUGAUCUACCUCCAAACAUACCUAAUUCAACUGUUGAUGUAUACGCAGAUGACACUACUUUCUCUUCAAGUUCCUACUUCUCUGUCGCGUCGACUGAAUUACAAGUUAACCUUCAACACGAUAUAGACCAACUAUGUCAGUGGUCAGACAAAAAUAGAAUGGUACUAAAUGCUGACAAAACCAAAUCAAUUCUUAUUACUGGUAAACGCCUUAAAUCCCGAAUGCAAUUAUUUUCCUUACCUCUUACAGCAAGUGAUUCAAAUAUUGAACUGGUUUCUUCGCAGAAAUUACUUGGUGUAAUCACUGAUGAAGACUUGACUUUCAAAGAGCAUAUAAACAAACUUAGUAAAAACCUUAGUAAAAAGAUCGGCCUGCUGAGAAAGAUACGAAGAUACUUACCACUACUUGAGAGAAAGCUAUUUUACAACGCUGUCGUCAAGCCAGUUAUGAUGUAUGGUACUGUAGUUCUAUUUGGAGUUGCUGCUCGCGAAAUGAUCUGCUUAGAAUUUUCAAAUUACAAAAAAGAGCAGCUCGGGUAAUUUUAGGAACUGACACUUCCUCCAGGUCAAUAGCCAAUUUCAAUAAACUGGACUGGAUACCUUUUUAUGACGAAGUUAAAAUUAACAAAUGCACUUUAGUUUACAAGAGCCUGCAUGAUCAAGCUCCGCAGUAUAUUAAGAACUUAUUUAAAACAAACAAUGAAUUUAAUGGUAGACAAACUCGUCAUGGCGAAUAUAAUCUAGUGUGUCCUAAAUAUAAUUAUGCAAAUGAGGGAGGAAAAUCUGUAACGGUCAGCAGCAUUAAAAUAUGGAACAAUCUCCCGAAGGAUAUUAAGACGAAACCUAGCGUUAAUUCCUUUAAGUUUGCCCUUAAAAAAUACUUCUUAGAAUCUUAUAAGGGCAUUGAUCGCUUUGAAUUAUUAUUGUAAUCAGCAAGUUGUACUGUAUAUAAUUUGUAUAUAUAAAUUUAUAAUCCUAAGAUCUUUUACAUAUUUACUCUAAAUAGCUUUUAGACGUUUUAAAGUAGAAUUAAUAACUUUGUACGUAUUGUAUAUGAGGGCCACAGGUUUUUCAGUUAUAUUGCUGUCAUGUAUUUUUACCCUCUUUAAAUAAAGUUGUUCAUUCAUUCAUUCAACCUUGCCAGUUGAAUUUGAAUUAAAGAGCUUAGAUGGUAAGUCACACAUAAUGUCAGUGCAUUUACGACAGAGAAAGUAACUGGAGACAUGGAAGCGAUUGAUUGGAAUGAGUAUGCUGGAAUUCCGAUGGGAUCAAUUAAAAAAAAUAGAAUUUCCAAAGAUUGGUCAGAAAUCCACGGUAGACCUGUUAAUAGGCGUAGAUCAUGCAGAUCUUCUCUAUUCAAGACAAGAGAUCCGAGGUGACGAAAAGACUUACUCCAAUGGGAUGGACAUGUAUCGGGCUACCAGGCAGAAUGAUCACACCUAAUCACACUAACUUUAAUCGCACCUAUUUUACCCAAAGUCCAUCGAAGUCAGCAGAUGUCGACAACAUUUUACGACAAUUUUCGGAAAUUGAAGAAACACCUUCCCACGAUUAUGGUACAAUGAAUGCCGAAGACCAUCAUCAAUGAAUGAAUGAAUGAAUGAACGAAUGAACGAACGAUUGAAUGAAUGAAUGAAUGAAUGUUAACAAAGUGAAGAAUUCGAUGAAAUGUCAAGAUGGUCGAUACCAAGUGGCGAUUCCAUGGAAAGAAGAUCCUGCAAAUUUACCAGAGAAUUACGAUAUGACAUUAAAACGAUCAAUGAACACAGAAAAACGGCUGGCUAAAGAUCCUGAGUUGAGCUGA